UAUCGCGAGAGUGUGCGUGUGCACCCCUCGCCAGCUACACGCGCAGCGCGCGCGGACCUGCCCAGUAAAGCCAGUAAAUGCGAGGCUUCCGUUUCGGCGUGUGCGCCAGUGAUACAGUGCGUAAUAAGCACGGCGUGCUCGGACAGAUCUGCGUACUCGGACGUUGUCACAGUCCUCGCGCGCAGUCAAGAUGCCGCUCAGCAUCGGGGUUAACCUGAGGGUGACCGGCCACUGCAAUCAGGGUGGACGCAAGUACAUGGAGGACAUGUUCUGCGUGGCGUUCCAGCCUACGCCGGACGACAAGGACCUGGAGUACGCGUUCUUCGGGAUAUUCGACGGCCACGGAGGUGGCGAGGCCGCGACGUUCGCCAAGGAGCAUCUCAUGGACAUCAUCGUGAAGCAGAAGAAUUUUUGGAGCGACCGCGACGAGGACGUGCUCCGGGCGAUUCGGGACGGAUACGUCAACACGCACUACGCGAUGUGGCGGGAGCUCGACAAAUGGCCGCGAACCGCGUCUGGAUUGCCAUCCACAGCUGGCACAACCGCCAGCAUUGCGUUCAUCCGAAAGGGCAAGAUUUACAUCGGCCACGUGGGAGAUUCCGCUAUCAUAUUGGGUUACCAAGCGGAAGGUGAGAGCCAGUGGAGAGCGAAAGCUCUGACGAAAGAUCAUAAGCCGGAAAGUGGGCCUGAGAUGACACGCAUACAGGACGCUGGUGGGAAGGUCGUUAGUAAAUCUGGUGUCCCGAGGGUGGUGUGGAAUCGACCUCGCAUAGGACACAAAGGUCCAGUUCGUAGAUCCACUCAUAUGGACGAAAUUCCUUUUCUGGCGGUAGCCAGAUCAUUAGGUGAUUUGUGGAGUUACAAUUCUGAAUUGAACACUUUCGUGGUGUCGCCCGAACCAGACGUCAAGGUUAUUCCAGUCGACGUUAAGUCACACCGCUGUCUCAUAUUUGGCACCGAUGGCCUGUGGAACAUGUUGUCUCCUCAGGCUGCAGUGUCCAUUGUUCAAGCCACAGACAGACACAAUGAGAAGCACUUAAUAGCCUCUCAGCAGACCGGGAACGGACAGCCUGACAUGCAGAUGUGGAUAAAUCCUUCGAAGAGCCUCGUGGACCGUGCACUGGAAAGAUGGUCGUCCACCCGAUUGCGCGCGGACAACACCAGCGUUGUAACACUGAUGCUCGAUCCAUCGGGACCGUGUCGCAGUGAGGUGCUGUUUAACACAAAGAAGGACCGUGUCAUACACCACGGCACAUACGCGCCGACUGCGAGCACGAUACCCGAGAACGUCGAGGAUGAGACUAGUCCGAAAAUUCCACCUCCGUGCGCACCGAUACCACCGUCAAUCGUCUCCGCGAAUCCCGAGAUGGACGCCAAGCUACCGGACUCGUCCAACGGCAAUGACGACAUUGUCGUUCCGACGUUACAGCUGGAGAAAGUUCUGCCCCCUGAAAAAUCAACCUCGCUACAUAUCGACGUUACCUCGGAAUCACAAGAGACAGGAGUGGCGGGCAAGAAUACACCAGAGAUCAUCGACGUCGCCGAGAGUAUUCAAGUCGACGAGAUAUCCUCCAGCGAGAUACCGGAAGAAACCGCGGAAUUGGAAAAUAAGGGAGUGGACGAAGCCACUGCUGUCAUGAAGUCGGCCAACCACGAGGGUAAAAAGCAAUCAACGAGCGAACGGAAUGAAACCGAGGCGGGGCACGAUAAUAACGCGCAGAUUGUGAGCCAGUCGAACGCUCAAAAGUCGGAGCAGUUGAACAAACUGAAAGAACUGCUGGCAGAGACAGGGGUGACGCCGCAGACCGCAUUUCCCGCCGCGGAUAAAGAUGUUCAACCCGUCACGCUCAUCGGCAGCAAGCUACGUCGAAGCGGCGUUGUUCCCGUGGAAAGCAACGGCGGCCGUGACAACGGUGAGGCGAGAAACGACGUCGUUUCGAACGGAUCAAGGCACAAGCAUCCGUUGUUCCCGGCUGCGUCGCCCGACGUUCGAAGCAUCAAGCGACGACACAGUCUGAGCUCACAGAGCCGCAACGCUUACGGGGACGUCGCGCCCUCGGACCCAAAGACCUACGUGAGUAUCAAGUCGAGGUACAAGGUGCCGAAGUCCCCGGUCGCCGGGAACGCGACAAACGAGGAGAACAACGCGUUGAAGAACGCGUCGAACCGGCAGACGAGUGGCGCUGCCGGGGUGGGCAACAAGCGCAGGCACAGCGCGAUCGCCCAAGCGGUCGACGGCGGCUGUGGCGUGCAGCAACAGCAGCAGGAGCCGUGUGUGAAGAGAAGAACUCGUUCGGAGGACCGGCCGAGUCUCACGGACGAGAACGACCCGGCCAAUCAAGUGACGGAAGACGCCAGCAGCCGGUUAAGCUGGCCCUUGUCGGACUCGGCGUUGUCGAGGAGCAACGGGGCCAGCGCGACGUUGCCCGGCCAGGACAGACUCUCGACCAACACGUUCCAACGUAGGAGCUUGGGAAAGAAAGCCACACUCGUGAAGACCAUCAGGAGGCCGUCUAUCAGCGGUUCGAAUCGACUGCAGCAGCUGAGAGGUAGUUUCGGCCUAAGAGACUGGGACCAAGGAAGAAGCAAUCGGACUGGCAACUGUAACGACAGAAGAUUAAACAGGACAGUAGCGCUCAUGGGCUCUACGGAUACGACGAUGCCGCAACGGUGGCUGAGAUCAGACACGAUGGCGGCGACACCUGUGAAGACAUUACGUUCGCGUAACGUAGACAUCGCCGGGCACACCAUAUCCGCGCAGAUGGUCCAUCAGUACGGUGUGGUGAAGCAGAACCGGCUGUCCCUGCCGAACAAGCUGAAGCAGUCUACGAAUGGUGGAUCGUUGCAAUCGAGUAGAGUCAGGUCUUCCUCGUUGUCGUCCAAUAAACUUAAACAAACGAAUAGUAACGGUGGAAGCGUGAGUACUUGCGCGGCCAUUAAUAACGCGACCACAGGUUGUAGUUCCACCUCUGGCAUAGCUAAGAGAGUCAAGUCGCCUUACAAUCCCAGCGCUCGAUCAUUAAACACGCGAUCUCGCAUCAAGCGCCUCGGCAAGUAAGGACACAUAGUUAGCGGCUCUAGAUUUGCAAUUAGCUCGAAGAUUCUUAGGGUAUGACAUUCUUACCCUUAUUAUCAUUAUUAAUUUUUUUUUUUUUCCUAAGCAUCUGCGUAUUACCGUGAUAUGAACCAAUUGUUACACACACAUACACACACAUUUUAUGUAUGCUUUGAAAAAAAACUUUGUCACUUUCAUCUUCGAAACUCCAUGUUUUCUUUCACUGGAUACAGUUACUAGGAGUGGGUUUGUGAGUAUAGUAAAUUAUCAGAUCCUUAUGUUUUUUGGUUAGAUAUAGGGUUGAAUGAAAAGCAAAGUAAAAGCAAGCGUAUAACCACCCUAGAUAUGUACGUCGAGAAUUAGCGUUUGUGCUUUCGUUGCGCGAAUUCUUACGAUCUUUUGACGUUGCAGUCGUUUACUACGGAUUGUACUAGAUGCGUAUUCGUAAUUUUGUUAACGGAUUCGAUUAGAUUUAUCUUUUACAUUCGUACAAGAGCACGCGUAUUGCAUUUUGUCUUAUAAUGUUUUCCCAAAAAUAAAUUGUAAAAUAAAUUGUUACGCUCUGCCAUUCUCAUCAUGAAUAAACGUGGUUAUCGAUUUCUUCGUGAGAAAUACCACAGUAUCGUCUAUAAUGACUUAAAAAAUCGAACUAGCACCGAUAUCGUCAUGUUUGCAGUUUUCGGGCAAUUUCCAAGGCACUUCCCAAAGAAGCGUCAUUCGUUUUUCCAAUCCUCCCCAAAUGAGCAUUAACGAUCGUGUUUUCCGAGUGCUCGUACGCUUCAAACACGUGGAAAACACGAUGCAAUAUCGCAAGUUAUUAUGCCACUUCACAAUUAUACCUUUUAUUCGCUAUACUUUGUCCAACGAGGUUUGUAAAAAGUUAUUAUUGCACGCUUGUAUAGACGAGAGAGGAAAAAGUGAGAAAUUCCCUUGUGCUUUCUCGCGUUUUCCGACAUUCGAGUAUAAUACGGUAAAUGUUACAUAAGACGUUAUAUGAAAGUAAAUGUACACAGAAGUAGCCGGACAAUAAGAAAGUAACGAGCGCGAACAGAGAGUCUCUGUCAGAGACACGUGUUUAUGUGCAUAUGUAUCCUACAUUGUUGCGUUUUUUCAGCCCGUGAUGACUUGUUCGGGAUCUUUAUGUUGGACGGACGAAACUCGCGAUCAAACAAUUGCAUUUUAGCAGCGAAUGUAAAACGCGAAAGCGAUUCGUUAAAAUACAGACUGUAGAGGACUUGUGUGUCGUGGUUUUUCCAGACGAAUCUCCGCCUGCAAUGACUUCAGAGAAACACGUCGCUAAAAAUUUGGUCUUUCGGAAUUUAAAAUAAGUUCUGCCCCACACGUAUUUAUUUAUUUAUUUAUCUUUUAUUUUAUAUAUUUUUUAAGAUAUUCAUUUUGCUUUUUCCGAGUGAUCGUCUCAUUCUCGUUGGACGAUGAUCGGAGAUUUGUCUGGGACAACUGACACUUGAUCUUUUCAUAGACUAAUGAUAUUAAAAAAAA